AAAAACCUGAAAGCCCCAAAGACAUGUAUGUUCCCGCUGCUCAGACGAGCUCAUGGCUUCCGAACACCGUCUUUGUGCUACAUUUCUCGUCUCAUAGAUCAUUAUUUGCCCAUGAAGUCCGAGACUUUGACCAGAAGCGUUCAUGCCCAGUUGAUCAAACUUGGAUUAAUCCGCAAUACUUUUCUGGGCAAUCGCUGUCUUGAGCUUUACUUCAAAUCCGGCUCCAUUACCGAUGCUUCGAGUGUGUUUGAUGAUAUUCCCGACAAGAACACUAUUUCGUGGAAUGUCUGCUUAAAGGGUUUGUUGGAUAGCGGUAAUCUCGAUGACGCCUUGAGUGUGUUUGGUGAAAUGCCUGAACGAGAUGUGGUUACUUGGAACACGAUGAUAAGAGGUUUAGCCUCGUAUGGAUUUUCUGAUUGCGCGAUGAAGAUUUUCUCUGAUAUGCAGAAUCGGGGAGUUCGAGUGAGCGAGUUCACGUUUUCUAUCGUGACUACUCUUGCUUUCUGUGCUCGUCAUGGGAAGCAGAUUCAUGGUAAUAUGAUUCGCAGAGGCGUUAGUCGGUCCAAUUUGGUUGUGUGGAAUUCAUUGAUAGAUAUGUAUGGAAAACUCGGGCCUGUUGAAUAUGCUUUUGGUGUGUUCCGCACAAUGGAGGAUUUGGAUAACAUAUCGUGGAACUCUUUGAUCUUAUGUUGUUCGGCUUCGGGCAAUGAAGAACUUGGUCUAAAUCAGUUCUUCUUGAUGAUGACAAUGGGGUAUGAACCCGAUGAAUACACAGUUUCGAUAAUCUUAUCUAUUUGCUCAGAUUUACAAGACCUUGUCAAGGGUAAGCAGGUCUUUGCUCUUUGUAUCAAGAUGGGAUUUCUUUCAAACACCAUUGUUUCAGGAGCUGCAAUUGACAUGUUCUCCAAAUGCAACAGAUUGGUGGAUUCGGUUCAGCUCUUCGAAGAGUUAGAAAAUUGGGAUCCAGCGCUAUGCAAUUCCAUCAUCGCAAGCUAUUCAUUUCAUGGAUUUGCAGAGGAAGCUCUCAGGGUCUUUGUCCUUGCCUUGAGGCAGAACAUCAUGCCUGAUGGGUUCACUAUAAGCAGUGUUCUGAGCUCAAUCUCCCUUGUGAUGCUUGAUCAUGGAAAGCAAGUUCAUUCUUUGACUAUCAAGUUAGGUAUUGAAUCUGACACGACCGUAGCUACCUCGCUGAUGGAAAUGUACAACAAAAACGGGUUGGUUGGUUCAGCGAUUGAGAUAUUUGCCGCUACAGAUUCAAGAGAUUUGAUCUCAUGGAACACCAUGAUUGUGGGCUUGGCCAGAAACAGCAGAGCAACCAAGUGCCUCGGGAUUUUCCCACAUUUCCUGAAACAAGGUCUGAAACCGGACCAAGUGACAUUCACCAGCAUGUUGCUAGCUUGCUGUGAAGCCGGCUUUGUCAGCGAAGGCGUUCGAAUAUUUUCCUCGAUGGAGAAAUAUGGAAUUGGAAUCAAUGACGAGCACUACGCCUGUCUCGUUGACUUGCUGUGCAGAGGUUGUAUGAUCAGUGAAGCAAUAGACAUUGCCCAGAAUAUGCCUUUUGAACCUAGUUCUCGUGUCUGGGAAAUUAUACUCACUGCCUGUCUGAAUCUAGGAGAUCUGUUUCUCGCCGAAGCAGUUGCAGAGAGAAUGUUGGAAUCUGAACCCGAGUCAUUGUUUCCCUACCAGGUUUUGGCCAAUAUCUACGAGACGAACUGGCAGUGGGAGGAAUUGGUGAGGAUAAGAUAUGCGAUGGAGAAAAGCGGGUUGAAACUGGUUCUGGAUUCAAGCAAGAUCGGUGUAAAGAACAAAGUGUACACCUUUGACGCUGGUCAGAUCCAAAUUCAUGGCAGUCAUGAAACUUAUGCAAUAUUGACACUACUGAUUUGGGAUUCCGAAUAUCAGAAUGCUCAAUGCUUUGCAGAAGAUGAAGAAAAGGAGCAUUUCUUUGUAGAGUAGGUCCACUUCUCAUUUAUUGCAAGAUCAUAGCAACCCGCAUUCAAUAACAUUUCAUCAUUGAUAUCGGGAUUAUUUCUGCAAAUUUCCACACCUGUUUGAUACCGAGAAAGUGCAGAGAAAAAGAAGGAAACCAGAUAUUUAAAAAAACAUAAAAAAAGGGAAGAGUUUUAGAAAUGUUCUGAUAUGGUUUACUUGCACUGUAAAGGACUUCUUCCCUUGUGGCCGCCAUUGCUAAUCAUACGAAGCCUCACAUCUAUGAUCUUCAGUUUCAGAGCUUUAGUUAGGGACGAUGCAGAGCUUAGAGAGAUUCUUAUAAUGGACCAAGAACCGAUCCUAUUUUGCUUAUUGGGUAUUUUGAUUAGAACUGUGGUGAAGAUCGGCGGAGGAAGCGCAAGAAGAAGUAUUCCGACAUUGGUGAAAGUGAAUCUCCAACGGUUCUGAACCGGUUCGGUUUGUGGGCUGAAUCCGGUUUUCUACUAUUUACUGGUUUUGGCUUUGAUCUGGAUCUGGUCCUUUUGUAACCCAGAUUAGGGAAUGAACCGGAUAAUCAGGACAGUUUCCCAUCAGGUUUACCAGCCCACGUCAAACUCCGGUUUGAUAGAUUUGGUUUGUUCUUGUUCUGAAAAUCGAAAUGAACUGCAUACUCGGAAAUAAACCGUGUCUCACCUUUAUGUGAAUCUUGACAGGAGAGAUCGAAGAUGCUGAUGAAAGUGAAGCAUAGAAGCAACUGCACCAGGAGAACACUGUUAUGUUGGCU